AUGGCUAUUCAAAAGAAACACGGCAAGGGCCGUCUCGACAAAUGGUAUAAGCUCGCAAAAGAGAAAGGGUACCGAGCUCGAGCAGCCUUUAAGCUCAUCCAGUUGAACAAGAAAUAUGGCUUCUUGGAGAAGAGCAAGGUCCUUCUGGAUCUUUGCGCGGCACCAGGCUCCUGGUGUCAGGUCGCUGCCGAAACCAUGCCGAUCAACAGUCUCAUCAUUGGCGUCGAUCUCGCUCCCAUUAAGCCCAUUCCCAAGGUGAUCACCUUCCAAAGCGAUAUCACCACGGAUAAGUGCCGUGCGACAAUCCGCCAGCAUCUCAAGACAUGGAAAGCAGACACCGUGCUCCACGAUGGAGCUCCCAACGUGGGUACUGCCUGGAAUCAGGAUUCGUUCAAUCAAGCCGAGCUGGUGCUGCAAUCCAUGAAACUCGCCACGGAAUUUCUGGUUGAGGGCGGUACCUUUGUCACCAAGGUCUUCCGGUCCAAAGAUUACAACCCCUUGUUGUGGGUUUUCAACCAACUCUUCACCAAGGUCGAAGCAACAAAACCUCCGUCGUCCCGAAACGUCUCGGCCGAAAUCUUCGUCGUCUGCACGGGCUACAAGGCCCCGAAACGAAUGGACCCCCGCUUCCUGGAUCCACGUUCUGUCUUUGCCGAACUCAAGGGCCCGGCGCCCAACAACGAGGCCAAGGUCUAUAAGCCCGAGGUGAAGAAGAGGAAGCGAGAAGGUUACGAGGAGGGAGACUACACGCAGUUCAAAGAGGUCCCAGCCAGCGAGUUCAUCCAGACGACGGACCCGCUCGCCAUUCUCGGCAACGUCAACAGACUUUCCUUCAAACAGCCACAGAACGGAGAUGUCGCAUUGGCCGCCAUGGAGAGGCUCCCGGAGACAACGGACGAAAUCCGGAAGUGUUGUGAGGACCUAAAAGUGCUCGGCAGGGGCGAUUUCAAGCUGCUGCUCAGGUGGCGACUCAAAGUUCGGGAAAUAUUCGGCCUGGCGACCAAGGCAACUGCCGAGGAACCCGCAGCUGCGGAUGAGGAGGUUGCUGAGGUCGAGCCGAUGGACGAGGAACUGAGGAUUCAGGAAGAGCUGCAAUCUUUGAAGGAAAAGGAGGAUGCCAAGAAGAAGCGGGAGCGGAGGAGAGAGAACGAAAAGAAGCAGAAAGAAAUUGUCCGAAUGCAGUUGAACAUGACGGUCCCCAUGGACAUCGGCAUGGAGCAGAGUGGGCCCAUGGGGGAGGAUGCCAUGUUCUCUCUCAAGGCAGUCGACAAAGCUGGUGCCGCAGGGCGUCUAGCCCGUGGCAAGAUGGCAAUCCCCAAACAGACCGAGCCCAGCAGGGACAGCGGCCUCGGGUCCUCGGGCGAGACGGAUAGCGAAAGCGAUGAAGAAGCGGAUCUUCUAGAACGGGAACUCGACAGCAUGUACGAACAGUACAGGGAACGAAAGGCAGCGGCGGACGCCAAGUAUCGCGCCAAACGGGCGCGAGAAGAACACAAUGACGACGAAUUUGAGGGCUUCUCGGCCGAGGAGGGCGGGAAGAGCGAGGAUGAGAUUGAUCUGGAAGAUGACAGUAGCGACGAGUCGGAAGACGAGGCGAGCGAUGGCAAACCUUUGGUGACCGACCUUCAAGGCGCUGAGGAGGAAGGGCAGCUUUCCAGGAGAGCGAAGAACUUCUUCAGUCAGGACAUCUUCAAGGAUAUUCCAGGGCUGGUGGAGGAGUCCGAGGAGGAGGAGGAUGCUAAGGCUAAGGCGAAGAGCAAGACGAAACCCAACGGCGACGAAGAAGAAAUCGAUGAUGCGGCAAUCGAUGCCAUGAUCGAAGCCGCCAGUGCCAAUGCCAACAAUGAAGCCAAGUCGAAGAAGACGGAGAAGAAAGAAACAGCUAAACAACAAGAAAAGAAGCAGGAGGGGGCAGAUGAGGAUGAGGAGGACGGUGGGUUCGAAGUCGUCAAGCGCAAGGACGAUGACGACUGGGAAGACCAUGACAAGCGCCGGCCAGACGGGACACUCGACAUUGACAUUAUCACGGCGGAAGCGAUGACGCUGGCACACCAGCUCGCGACAGGCCAGAAGACGUCCCACGAGGUGAUCGACGAGGGCUUCAACCGCUACAGCUUCCGGGACCGCGACGGUCUGCCGGAGUGGUUCGUCGACGACGAGAGCAAGCACGACAGGCCCGUCAAACCCAUCACCAAGGCGGCGGCGAUGGCCAUCAAGGAGAAACUUCGCGCCUACAACGCUCGGCCCAUCAAGAAGGUUCGCGAGGCCAAGGCCCGCAAGAAGUUCAAGGCCGCCCAGCGCCUUGAGAAACUCAAAAAGAAGUCAGACAUGCUCAUCAACGAAGAGAGCAUGACCGAGAAGGAGAAGGGUGAGGCCAUCAGCAAGAUGAUGGCCAAGGCGACGAAGGUUACGCGCAGGCCCAAGCCCACGGUUGUUGUUGCUAAAGGUGUCAACCGCGGUAUUAAGGGACGGCCAAAGGGUGUCAAGGGCCGAUACACUAUUUUGGACCCGAGAAUGAAGAAGGACCUGAGGGCACAGAAGAGGGUGACGAAGAAGCGA